GGCCCCGCCCCUCCAGCGGGAGCCAAUGGGAGCCGGUGGCCCCGCCCCCUGAGAAAUCGCCUCCCGGGGAGUAUUUAGAAGCUUGAGCGCGCUCUGGAAGGCACUCGGGAGGGAGCUGGGGAAGCCCGAGAAGGGCGUGGCGAGCGAGCGCGGCCAACUCGCAACUCCAAACCUGGAACCGGUCGGCCUUGCGAAACGGAGCCCGCAUCCAGGCUCGCUGAGCGUCUCCCAGCACUUCUCACCAGAGAAGCGGGUGAGUCUCGCAUCUGCCGCCCACUGAGCUGCCCUGUCCUGGCCCCGGCAGCCUCCCAUAUGGCCCGGCUGGUGCUGCAGAGCACACUACUGUGCCUGCUGCGCGUCGGGUUAGGCACCCAGGACUUCCUGCCCCACGCGCCUCACAACUGCCCCCACAAAUGCGUCUGUGCUGCCGACCUGCUGGAUUGCGCCGGCCUGGGGCUGCGGGAGGUGCCGGUCACGUUACCGGCCGCGGCUGCAGACCUCGACCUGAGCCACAACGCGCUCCAGCGCCUGCCCCCCGGCUGGCUGGCGCCCCUCUCCCGGCUCCACACCCUGCAUUUAAAUCACAAUGAGCUGGAGGCGCUGGGUCGGGGAGUUUUCACCAACGCCAGUGGCCUGCGGGUGCUUGAUCUAUCAUCUAACGCCUUGCGGGCACUUGGCCGCCACGACCUCGACGGGCUGGGAGCGCUAGAGACGCUGCUUCUGUUCAAUAACCACCUGGCGCACUUGGACGAACAUGCCUUCCACCGCUUGGGCACACUCCGUCGUCUCUACCUGGGCCGCAACGAACUCUCGUUCUUCUCUUUCAACCACCUGCACGGGCUGGGCUCAGCCCACCUGCGUGUUCUGGAUCUCUCCUCCAACCGCAUAGGACGCACCCCUGUGCCUGACCUGGCAGCGCUGCCUGCCUUUCUCAAGAAUGGCCUUUACCUGCACAAUAACCCGUUACCCUGUGACUGCCGUCUGUACCACCUGCUGCGACGCUGGCACCAGCGGGGGCUCAGUGCCGUGAGCGACUUUGCCCGCGAGUACACCUGCCUGGCCUUCAAGGUACCCACCUCCCGCGUGCGCUUCUUUGCGCACAACCGUGUCUUCGAGAACUGCUCGGUGGCCCUGGCAAAGGACCUGGAGCGGCCAGAAGAGCAGCUGCACGUGCAGGUGGGGCGGUCCCUGCGGCUACACUGCAACACCAGCGCCCCAGCCCUGCACGUGGCCUGGGUUUCCCCGCAGCACGAGCUGCUCGUGGCACCAGGAUCUCGCAAUGGCAGCAUCGCAGUGCUGGCCGACGGCAGCCUGGCCAUCGGCAGCGUGCAGCCGUGGCACGAGGGUGUCUUUGUGUGCCUUGCCACCGGGCCCCGCCUGCAUCACAACCAGACGCACGAGUACAAUGUGAGCGUGUCCUUUCCUCACCCAGAGCCCGACGCUUUCAACACCGGCUUCACCACGCUGCUGGGCUGUGCCGUGGGCCUGAUGCUCGUGCUCCUCUACCUGUUCGCGCCACCCUGCCCCGGCUGCCGCCGCUGCUACCACCGCACCUGCCGCUGCUGCCACCGCUGCCGCCGCUGGCCCCGAACACCCAGCCCGCUCCAGGAGCUGAGUGCACAGUCCUCGGUGCUCAGCAACACACCACCCGAUGCACCCAGCCGCAAAGCCAGCGUCCACAAGCACGUGGUCUUUCUGGAGCCUGGCAGGAGGGGCCUCAAUGGUCGUGUGCAGCUAGCGGUAGCUGAGGACUUCGACCUCUACAAUCCCUCGGGCCUGCGGCUCAAGGCUGGCUCCGAGUCCACUAGCUCCACAGCCUCUGAAGGUCUGGUGAUGACCUAGGCUGCCCAUGGCCCCCACCGAGGCCGCUGCCCGCCCGCUGCUUGUCCUGCUCUCAGCUGCUGCCCAAACAACUGCCAGCUGCUGGUGGGAAGCCCUGGGCUUGGUCCUUCAGCCUCCCACAGCAACCCCACUCACUGGUAGAGUUCAGGUCUCUUACCUCUCUCCUGCUUCUCCCCAGCACCGGGACCUAGCAGGGCCUACAUGUGCCCACGAGGAUUGGAACCAAGGCCCAACUGAAAGAGCCCUUGCAAUUACAGCCCCAGAAUGAGUGGCUGGGCCGAGGCGGCCAGCCAUUAUGGAGAGUGCUGGUGAGGCAGGGAACCGUGACCACUUCCCACUCCCCAAGGAGACGGGAAGGGAGUGGCCCGCAGGGGAAGCAGAGGACUUCAAAUGAAGACCGGGCCCCACCCGCAGGGUGCAGAGGAAAUUCCAAGCCCUUCCUCUGGUGAAAUGUGACUGCCUGUGCACCUACAUUCAGCCUACUUCAAGCUUCACAAGUCCAUGCAGUCUGGUGAGCAGGCAAGAAGCAAGCAAGCUCAAGGGACCCCCUGGGGCAUCACAGGCCACUGAGGGCAGGGCCUCUCCCAUGGACUCGCAAGACAGCAGUAAGGGGCGCCACGGCCCGUGUCCCCAGCUUGUCUGCAGUAAAAAGCCUGCCGAGCCUGGCUGAGACCAGAGAGCCCAGCUGGAGCUCACUGUCCUCCGAGAGUAGAAUCCUCUUAAGGGCUGGCACUGGUCUCAGCCCUAAUGGCUGAAGCAGUGCCCUGGCUUCACAUACAUCUCAUCGCUCCCACUGCGGGAAGGCCAGGGAGGGGGGCUGGGCCAGGGGGCCCACAAGUAUCCUGGAUCCAGCUGUCAUGGGAUUUCUCAAUAAAGGCAAUUUGUGCUCAUUG